AUGGGGGCCUAUAAGUAUAUGCAGGAAAUAUGGCGCAAAAAGCAGUCGGAUGUAAUGAGGUACCUGCUUCGUAUCCGUUGUUGGCAGUAUAGGCAACUUACUGCAAUCCAUCGUGUCUCAAGGCCAACUCGGCCGGAAAAAGCACGAAGGUUGGGAUACAAAGCUAAGCAAGGAUUUAUUAUUUAUCGUGUACGAGUACGACGGGGUGGCCGUAAGAAGCACGUUGUGAAGGGUCAGACUUACGGCAAACCGAAAACUCAUGGUGUAAACGAGCUGAAAUUUGUUCGAAACAAGCAGGCCGUUGCUGAGGGACGUGUCGGUAGGCGAUGCGGUGGAUUAAGAGUUUUGAAUUCAUAUUGGGUAGGACAGGACUCAACGUACAAGUUCUAUGAAGUUAUAUUAAUAGACCCAGCUCAUAAGGCCAUUAGACGUAAUCCUGACCUGCAGUGGAUCACGAAGCCAGUCCAGAAGCACCGCGAGCUUCGUGGAUUGACGUCAGCAGGGAGGAAGAGCCGUGGGCUUGGGAAAGGUCAUCGCUACUCUGCAACUAUCGGUGGCUCGCGCAGGAAGUGUUGGCGCCGUCGUAACACACUUUCACUUCGUAGGAAGCGUUAA